GUGCGCAUGGCUUGAUUACCGUUACUCUUGACAACACCUGCAAGUACUCCAUGCCAAAUAUCCUAGGCUUUGGUGGACCUUGUUAUUGAAACAUUGCAAAACUUUUUCAACAAUCCAGGGGACACUGACAGAAGCAAAAAGAACUAACCAUGGAGAUUGUGUAUGUAUACACAAAGAAGCGCCAGGAAUUUGGUAGACAAUGCAACUUUUCAGACAGACAAGCGGAGUUGCAUGUAGACAUCACUCCAGACCCCUCACUGGCAGAAAAUUUCAUUGAAAGAAAUCCAGUGGAUACCGGGAUACAAUGUGUCCAGGAAAUGUCAGAACAUGAGAUCAACACUGAAAGAUUUGAAACCAGUGUAAGGGGGAUAAAUCACACAGAGGGAGGAUGGCCUAAAGAUGUCAACCCACAGGAAGUUGAACAUGUCACAAGAUACAGGAAGAAGGUGGAAAAGGAUGAAAUGUACAUUUCUGCCAUACAGCAACUAGGAACAAUUAUGGAACACACAAUUAGACAAAACAAUGCCAUUGAUAUUUAUGAAGAAUACUUUGAAGACAUAGAAGUUGACACAGUUGACGAAACUCCAUCUGCAAAAACAAUCAAUGUAUUUAGAGAUCCAAAUGAAAUCAAGAGAACUUCCACACACAUUUCCUGGUUCCCAGAUGGUCCUCGCAAAUUGGCAGUAGCUUACUGUAACCUUGAAUUCCAAGGUUCAACUCCUGACACAAGCAUGGAAUCAUACAUUUGGGACGUGGAAAACCCCAACAAACCAGAAACAGUUCUGAAGCCAGUUUCUCCUUUAGUAUGCUUAGAAUAUAACCCAAAAGACUCCCACAUUCUCCUUGGGGGCUGUUACAAUGGUCAAAUAGCAUACUGGGACACCAGAAAAGGAUCCCAGCCCGUGGAAAUGUCACCCAUUGAGCACAGUCAUAGAGAUCCUGCCUACAAGGCCCUCUGGAUUCAGUCCAAAACUGGAACAGAAUGUUUCUCUGCUUCCUCAGAUGGACAGGUAUUAUGGUGGGACAUCAGGAAGAUGGGAGAGCCCACAGAAAAACUGUACCUAGACCCAACAAAGAAACAGGACCCCACCAAAGCACUUGGAGCAAUGGCACUAGAAUAUGAACCAACUAUGCCUACAAAAUUCAUGGUAGGAUGUGAACAAGGCUCAAUAUUAUCAUGCAACAGGAAAGCCAAGACACCAGCAGAAAAAAUAGUAGCUCAGUACAAUGGUCACCUAGGACCUGUCUACUCACUUCAACGAAAUCCAUUCUUCCCCAAGAACUUCCUCAGUGUGGGUGACUGGAAAGCAAGGAUUUGGUCAGAAGACAUUAGGGAAUCCUCUAUCAUGUGGUCAAAACAAUACAAGUCCUACUUGACGGACGGCUGCUGGAGCCCUGUCAGACCAUCUGUGUUCCUUGUCACUAAAAUGGACGGUACACUGGACGUGUGGGACAUCAUCUUCAAACAGAACGACCCAACACUCAGCUUACAGGUCUGUGAUGAGCCAUUGCACAGCCUGAGGGUACAGGAGCAGGGCCGACUGAUCGCCUGUGGAUCUCACUCCGGUACCACCACCCUGCUAGAAUUAUCUGAUGGUUUAACCACUCUCCAGAGAAACGAGAAGAACUUAGUUACAGCUAUGUUUGAGAGAGAGACAAGAAGAGAAAAGAUUUUGGAUUCUCGACACAGAGAAAUGAAAUUAAAAGAGAGAUCAAAGAGUUCAGCUGAUGGUGCAAAGGAGGAGGAGCCUGAGGAGGCGCGUCUGGAGGAGGAAGAUCUGUACACCAAGGCGGAGAAGGAAUUCUACAGCAUCAUAGAACAGGAAAAGAAAAUACUGGAGAAAAAGCAGCAGCAGGGGGACGAUACAGACAAGGCAGAUACCGGCAAACAAUCACCAAUUGCAGAGGGGGAUGAAGAGGAGAAAACAAAUGGAAAUCCUAAGAAAAAAUAAAUGAAAUAUGGAAUCGGAGCAGAAAAAGGAUUAAUGAUGUAGAUUUUUGCCCUGAAACUUGUAUUGUGAUGCAGCUAAAAGCCAAAGCAAGGACUUUUGCCACCAUAUAAGAUGUAGCAAGGCUAUAUAUCAUCAUGUGUUUUGUUGUUUUUUUCUUUGGCUGAGUAAGACAAGACUUGAUCCUGAUCAAUAUGAUAUUUGGUAGGCCUUCAUGAAACAAUGUUACUUGCAGAGACUUUAUUUAAAGAACACCAGAGUGCUUGCAGAGUGAUACAAUUUUUCAUUCCCAGUGAUAAUGUACCAAAGUCAAACAGUGGUACAACACUGAAAUAAAAAUUUGUUAAUUUUUUUUGUAAAUUUAUUUAUAACGAAGUGAAUUAUUGUGGAAAAAAUCUAAUGACAGUUGUAAUUAAAUAAUUGAUAUAUUAUUUUAUUUAUAUACCAUCUUGUUACCAAUAAAAUAAUUUAAAAAACUG